UCUAAAAAAUGCAGCACUCAAAUAAACAGGUUAUGUUAAUUUUUUUCUUCAAUAUUAUUAAUCACGAUAAAAAUUUUUUCAAACAAAAGUUUUAAUUAAUUAUUUUUAAAUAAAUAUCAUUUGAAAUAAUUCAACUUUGACAAAUGACAUCAUUUUAUGGCAAUGACGUAAGCAAGGUCUAUUUCAAGAUCAAUGUACUCCACUCACUGUGUCAGUAGAACGGCAACGCGGUGACUGUAAAGAUCACAACGUUCACUUUUCUGUAUUCGAUUAAACGACAGAAGAUAAUUUCACAUUUUUAAUACUGUUAAUCAGAUUCUUAUAGGAAACAGUAUUUAUAGAAAUAAUAUGAUAAAUAUAAAUAUUUGUAUAUAAUGAUUUAGAUAAUUGUUAAUAAUUAGUAAAUUCUUAUUAUUAAUUGUUUAAUUAAAUUAAGAUAAUUAUAUACUAUGUUCCUAAAGGAAAAUUGAAAAUCAAUCAAUCAAAAUAAUUUUCUCAUAUAUGUGUACUUUGGAAGAUGGGUUCAUUUUUAUCGUUGGUGACGUAAGACUUUACGAGACUGUUUUAACUUUCGCAAAUUGUAAACGUGCUUCAGUAUAAAAGAAACGUUACACAUGCAAACAUCACGAGUUUAAGUAUUUACGUUUCUAAAUGUACGAAAUUGUAGCUUAAACAUUUAAUAUGAAAAGUUGUUCUACAUAGUGUUUUAAAAAAGUGUACAAUAUGGUUACAGUGUACUUAUUACUAUUGACCUUCAUCGUUGCAACGAUAGGCCUUCUAAUAUUUAUCAAACGAUGUCGGAAUUAUUGGACGAAAAAAGGAGUAAUUCCACAUGUCGAACCUGUUCCGUUAUUCGGAAAUACAUUACCAAUGAUGUUUAAACAAACAUUAUCAGCACCUGAAUUCAUCAAUCAAAUUUACAACCUGUUUCCAACAGCAAGAUAUACCGGUCUUAUGCAAUUUCAAACGCCAGUAAUAGUUUUACGCGAUCCUGAACUACUAAAAGAAAUUUGCAUCAAAGAUUUUGAUAACUUUCCAGAUCAUGGCAAUUUUUUCCCCGAAGAUGCAGAUCCUCUGUUUGAAAAGAAUUUAUUUAUCCUACGAGGAAACAGAUGGAAAGGAAUGCGAAAUACAUUAUCGCCAACAUUUACAGCAAGUAAAAUGAAAUUCAUGUUUACAUUGAUCUCAAAAUCGAGUCAAAAUUUUGUUGAUUAUUUUUUGGAAAAGGAAGAAGAAACAUUUUGCAUCGAAAUGAAAGAUAUUUUCACUCGCUAUACCAAUGAUGUAAUCGCAACAGCUGCUUUCGGUAUCACGGUCAAUUCAUUGAAAGAUAGAGACAAUGAAUUCUAUUUGAAAGGCAAGGAUGCUACGAAUUUCAAUAGUUUUUUUCGUGGAAUAAAAUUUGUCGCUUUACGUUAUUGUACAUCAAUUAUGAAAUUACUAGGUGCAAAAGUAAUGUCACGUUCAGCAACUAAAUUUUUUCAGACAAUUAUUCAAGAAACAGUGAAAGUAAGAAAUGAAAAAAAUAUCAUUCGACCAGAUAUGAUACAUUUAUUAAUGGAUGCUAGCCGAAAUGAAAAUGGUGUUGAAGUGACAAUUGAUGACAUUAUUGCGCAUUCAAUUGUAUUUUUCCUGGCAGGUUUUACUACUUCAGCGAUAGUAAUGGAAUUUGCUGCACAUGAACUAGCUGUAAAUCCUGACAUACAGGAGAAGCUGCGAAAGGAAGUGGACCAUUUUAUGAAAGAAGAAGGUGGAGAAAUUUCGUACGACACGAUUUCCAAAAUGAAAUAUUUGGAUAUGGUAAUUUCUGAAACACUUCGAAAAUAUCCUCCAAAUUCAAUAAUGGAUAGGUUGUGCGUGAAAAAAUAUACUUUACCAAAAGCUACACCAAACAGUAAAGAAUAUACCAUAGAACCAAAUUGUUUGAUAUGGUUACCCAUAUAUGCUCUACAUCAUGAUGAAAAAUAUUUCCCAGAUCCGGAAAAAUUUGAUCCUGAGAGAUUUAGUGAAGAGAAUAAGGAUAAAAUUAAUCCGUAUGCCUAUAUUCCGUUUGGAUUGGGACCAAGAAAAUGUAUUGGCAACAGAUUUGCUUUAAUGGAGAUAAAAGUACUGUUUGUUCAUUUGUUGCAAAAUUUUAUUUUAGUACGCGAUGAAAGAACAAAACAUCCUAUAGAAUUCGAGAAAGGUUUUGUUGUUGCUGCCGAAGGUCAAUUUUGGAUUAAAUUAAAGAAGAGGAAUCCUGAUAAUAAAAAUGUGAUAUGAUUUAGAUUAAUUUGAAAUUUGAUUUUUAAAUUAAAUAUGUUUUCAAUACACGUGAAUCUAUUUCAAAAUAUAUACUUUUUUUAUUUUUCUACAAUAAAUAUUUAUUUGUUAAUAGUAAAGUAAUCGAGUAUUUUUGAAUCAAAUAAUUUUUUUACAGUGUACGACAAAUAAAACUUGAUUAUUUAAUUUCA